AUGGUUAGACGAACACGCGGAGCGAAAAGAAACAAAUCAGUUGAUUCCAGUGAUAACGAUGACUCUCUUUCAGAUGCCAGCGACGAAGAAAUCGUAACCUCGAAUACCCCAGCUUCUAACUUGGAUAAUGAUCAAAAGACCCAUUACUUCGUUACAAUCAAUCUGAAAAAUCGCAACGGCAAUUCGUCGUCGAUGCUAGGCUCGUUUUUCGAGACUCUCAACCCCUUUAAGAAAAGGAAAACAGCUCCUGCUGAAGAUUCCAUUCCUAAAACACCGUUUCUCCAGUUAUUCAAUGGACAAGAACCUCCGGAGGCUGUAGCCAAGCGAUACCAACUCUUUGUAGACACAUGGAAACCACAACUUGAACAGAUUGAAUCAGAAUUGAAUCAAGCCAAUAAUGCCUUAUUUCUGAAUCUUUUAAAAUUCAUUGACGAAAGGGGAGCAAAAUCCAGACUUCCUACCGCUUACGUACAAUUAACCACCAACUCAGCCAACAACUUGCGGAUAAUGCAAGAUUUCAACAACUAUCUAAAACAACAGCCAAAAUUCAACAAUACGACUGUGAUAAAUCUCAUGUCUAAGAAUUGCUACAAUAUCAAAUCAACCUUUCGCGAAAUCAUCAAACAGUUUCUCGAGGCUAACAAUGAAGAAUUUAACAUUCAGGGAAGAGUCAACUAUGACUUCGACAUUGUCAGGGACUACUGCAUUUCAAACAUCAAAGACUUGAAGUCGUUUCACAUCUUGAUUAUUAUCCAGGACACAAACCUGAUGUCCAACCAUGUGCUCAAUCAGUUGAUCCGAAUACUCCAUUCUUAUUGCACCGAGCUUCCUAUCCAUUUGGUGUUGGGAUUAUCUUCCGAAAAUGUAGGCAAGUGGAUUAGUGGAAACCUCAGCAAUGAAAGUAGAAUCAUAGUAGACGGUAACAAGUUCAGCAGUAAUGAUAAUAUAGAUUUUGGUUUCGAGCUCUUAGAUAAACUCUUCUUAAAUCCCCAUGGAAUGAGUUUGAUUCUUCACCCGCAGUUGACCACCAUUAUCCUUAACAGAUUCAAGUAUUCCAACAACUCAAUCGACGCGUUGAUAGCCGAGAUCAAAUUGGUGUAUAUGAUCCAUUUCUACCAGCAACCGUUAUCGCUCUUGUUGUCUGUAGCACCUUCGGAGAUCUCAAGCUUGGGUCCGGUGCAUCUUCAGAGAUUGCGUAAAUUACCUUCCUUCAAGAAGCAUAUCGAGCUCAACUUGGCUAGCAAGUCGUUCAACUAUCUGUUCUUCAAGCUGUUGUUGACAGAUGACGUCGUUCUCGUACAGGAAUUUGAAAAAGCUUCAGUCAACUUUGGGGAGUAUCAGAAAACAGUGUUGAAUGCCAUCGACAUAGUAUCGUACCUUCAAAAGUUUGGGCAUAAUCAAUCUCUAACCAAACACAAGUUUGACUUGUACAAUAUGAUUGCCAACAACAAGUUUGUUCAUUCCGUGUACUUGAACGAGUUAUUGAAAUCCAUAUCCAAGUCUUCAGAAUUACAAACGAAGGUAACAAACAAAUUUUUGUUGCCAAUUUCUUCCCAGUAUCAGGGCCAGUAUGAAACAAAACUUCUUCUAGAUUUGUCAGCGCAGAAAGCCCCUGAAGAUAUAAUUGCUGCAUUCCGCAAUUAUUUCAAGAAUCCUCUUCUACAGAAACCCAUUGAGGAAAUGCUCUUCAACGAAGUCUUCACAAUGAAUGGAGGAACAAUAACACAAGUACCUGAGCCAUUGUUCGAGGAGAAUUACGAAAACUUGAUGAUAAAUCUCAUUCGUCCUAACCUUCGUUCAACACUUGAACAUGGUCUUGAAAAUAGUAACCCUUAUUUAAGCAAUCCCUUGAUAGUGGAUAGUGAAAGUUCACAGAAGGGAACUUUGAACCCUACGUUGACAUAUUUGUUCAAGGUUUAUAAAGAAGCACCAGUGAAUAUCAGUAUCUAUGACUUUUACAUUGCUUUCAAGCUGUCUCUCGAUAGAAACAAAAUUAAGGAGUUGUUAGAGAAGGAAGAUGAAGUAGACAUCGACGUGGAUGAGGUAUGGGAGAAACUUACUUAUUCGUGGUUUACGCAGAACUGUUUCGAGUUGAUGAUGAUGGGACUAUUAAAAGAGAAACCUAAGGGUGACCACUUGGAGAAGGCAAUAUGGAAGGGUGUAUAG